AUGUCCCACGAAAACCAGCCCUCGACCGGCGUCCGUGGCGGUGCCAGCGACACUCCGACGCCCGCCAACACUUCGGAAGGCGGCCUUUUCCAGCGUCUGCAGGGAGGCGACACUUCCGGCGUGCGCAACCAAGGCGCCGGCCACGUCGGGAUUGGAGCCCCUAAACAAACUGAAGGCGAAUUCCUCAGCCUCAAUGAGCAAAAAGGCAUGGCGGGCCAUCACUACAACCAGCGCGCCGGUCUAGAAGAACCCGGCGCCGCCGAAGAUCGAAGCUUCAUGCAAAAGAAACCCGGCGCUCAGGAUACGUUGCCGGGCUGGGAGAAGGCGAAGAACGUGGUGGGGAAUCUUCUCCCUUGA